AUGGGAGCAUGUUUAUUCCCCCUCGUUAAUGCGUCCGUAAUUUUAGCACUCCCAAAAGUCGGCGGUCUUGUUGCGCCCAUGCCUAAAUUCAAAGAAAAACAAUCAAUCUUAAUUCGCCCGACCAUAACCAUACCAUACCGUUAUAAAGCACGUAUGUUUUGUAAAAUGAACAAAUCAACAUCGAAUACGUCGUGUGUCAAUAAAUACUGGAAAAAGAAAAAAAAACGUUUCGGUGUAUAGAAUAAUAUAAUAUGCGAACGGGUAAUCGUCUGUAUGGACCAAUGAGGAAAUAAGAAGAAAAAUCAUCAAAAUCCUCUACCGCCACAACCACCCGUGAAUCCGAUGAUUUUGUUCUGUUGGAGCACCUCGAACUAGAAUAAUACAACAAUAGCGACCGCCUAUUAUAUUGAUGUGUUUUAGAUUAAAAUAAUUUGUUUUCUUUUAUGUUUAUUUCUCAGCUCCGCGGAGCAGGCAGUGUGUUUGGGACAUCUCGCCGCGGCCUAGUAAAACGGUAGCGUACUAUAUUGUAACAUUGCGCUGUGCGACACAGUCGUGUCUGUAAUCGAAAAAUACAACAGUAUUUACCUAGUAAAAAUUCGAAAUUGAGAAUUUAAAAUAUUUAAACGCUCUCGUUUGUGUUUCUACGGUACGCUGUUUACCGAACGUAAUUUUUAUGCUACUAAACAAUUCGCUGAAGCUAAUUAUUCGGUGUGUAUUAUCCCAAGGCUCUAAAAAGACUAAAAAAUGUAAACGUUAAAAACGCACAAAUACACUAUAAACGUGUACAGACCGAGCCGCUCCUAAAGACGUUAGACUAUUACAAACACUAACUAUUUAAUGUUCCGAAAAGGCCCACUAUAAUAGACGCACCUAUAUACACCUACCCGCACAUUAGUGCACUCAUAACAACUAAGUACGGCAAUCUAUUUUAUACGCGUUAAAACUUUAAAAAUGCCGUAAACGAGAGGAAAAGUGCAGUUAAAUUCUCUCUCGGGUGGUAAUUAAUUAUUUAUUAUUUAAAACGGUUUAUCGGCAACACUAAUAAGUUUUGGAAUGACCUAAUAACUAUUUAGUAUAGGACUCCUGCCGGGAAAAACUCGACGUUAAAAUAUUAAACGUUUUAUUAUGAGAAUCUAUUAUUCAAAUAUUUAAAGAAGAUACGAUUAAAUAGCUCGGAACGAUAAUAUUUUAACGUAAACGUAACGUGUAAUGAAAAGAAAGAAUUCCGAAAGAAUUAAUGUGUGGAAAAUAAAGGUACUUGCCGUGCAAAAUAAACGGUAAGCGCGAUCUAGUCGAUUGUAGACGAGCCACGGAUUCGGAUAAUGCUUCACAGAAAUUCGUACAGAUAGCAGCGUCAAUAACUUUUCGAGAAAAAACACAACUAGAAAAUCGCAAAAUAUUCUGGAACGUAUUCUAUUUCUUGAAAAAAAAUAUUUCCGUCUGCAUUCACGAUGUGUCCUAUAUUUGUAGAUGUAUACCUAUAGGUACGUUAUCGAGAACAUUGUGGCCGUUGCUAUAGAAAUAUUAUAUUCUUAGAUUCCGUCCGAUAACUAUUUUAACNCAUACAAUGGUAUUGUUAAUCCGGAAGCUGGUAUUUUUAACCUCACGGAAAGCGAUUUGGCGAACGGAAUAUCCGACAAAACGAAUACCAACACGCGUAGCAAACAGGGUCCUUGUUUGCGGUAAAUUGGUAGUGCAGACCAAACAACCGUAAUUAUUAAACGGACCCGGGUUGUUCGAGCCAAAAACAAUAAAUACCCACAGAACUACAAAAGCACGCGAUAGGUACCUGUAAAACGCAAUAUAUUUGUCUACGAACAAAAAAAAAAAAUUAACAAUAACAAUAAUAUUAUGUUAACGUAAAAAUGUAAAUAUAACGAAACUGUCCUGAAAAAAAUUAUCGAUUUAUAUCGAUAAUAUAUUGAACGAGCGCUGUAGUCUAUUAGCGUUACCCAAGAAACACCAGGAAAAAGUCGGCUGACAACUCUCUGGACAAUUGUCUUGUUUUCAGUUUUUUUUUCCAUACUUUGAAUCAUGUUAUACGAUAUGAUAAACCUUACAACUUUUUUUAUUUAGAAUAUUUUUAGGUAGGCAUUAGGUUCGUCGUUUGCGUAGUAUCUUUCAGAGACCAGCCGUUAUCGUUCGAUUAUUAAGAAGACGCGAAACCGUUUCAAAACCGAUUCGACGGGAAAUUAGAAAAAAUAAAAAUACGACGGCGCGGCGUUCAAUUGAACGAAAACAAGCUUGCGAUCGUAUUCGCCCGGGUAACGCGAGCGUAAUAUAAUUACGCGGCGAGUUUGUUCGCUACGGUUUUAUUCUGUGGAGAACUUUAAAUCUAGUUAAGCUCGGGGCCUGUAUCUCCGUGAAAUUGUACCCGUUGCAUUAAAUCCUGCCGGUUUAAUUCCGAAUUUGUAGACGGAUGUGCGACUGUACACGGGAGUUUAGAGGAUCGCGCUGCAAAAAGUAUAUAAAAUAAUGAUAAUAUACGAUGUAGCAACGAAUUAAACCGUUUAGACGGCUACGCGAGACGCUAACGUAGAGAAAAAUAUAAAGGCUAAAACAUUUUCGUCGCCGGAAACGCGCGUGAAAAUCCCUACGGCGUACCCCCUGACGUUCUUGACAACGUUUUCGAAAUAGGUUUCAAAUGAACAACGCGUGUCUGACAUAAGGCCGUUAGGGUAGACGGCUCCGUUUCGCCAGCACUGCCGCUUUCGAAUUUUAAUACCACCCCUACACGGUAUUAUGUACUGAAUUUCGUACAAAUAAAAUAAAAUUUUGUACAAUCCUCCCCCCCACCCAAACCACGAAAUAAAAAAUCGAUUUUACUUUGAGCGCGGCCGGAAAAAUCGUAAAAAAAAAAAAAAAAAAUAGAAAAUGUAAUAAUUUUCUAUUAUUCUCUUGGUCUUCGCCUGAACGUACUAUUGCGGUCGCACCGUGGGUGGGCACAAUAGACGGGCGAGGGCGCUGUGAGUAGAGUGAGUGUCUAUAUGAUUACAUUGCUCUCGUACGGAAUGAACGUUUAUACCAUUUGAAUUCAUUACUCGUACGGUUUUACGUUGCACAAAUCGUAUUUUAUAUUUCGUUGUCUAUUAGAUAGUAUAAAAUGUACCUUCUAUAUGCAUAUAUACUUACCUACUCAGUAUUUUUCAUGAUAUCAUGAUAACACACCAUUUAUUUGUAUCGGUAUUGUUAUAUUAACAAAAGUUUAGAAUGUCGAUUUAAAACAGUUUUGUCGCGUUUGUAUGAAUUCAUAUUGAGUUAUUCGAGUAGCAAUAAAAGCAUGACACUGGUUAUGAAUAUUUUAAAAAUACGGGAGGUAUGCCACGGUUGAAGAUAGGUAGUAUGGUUAUUUAAAGGAUAUUUAACGUAAAAUACAAUUUGCGUAUACUUUUCGUACAAUAGUUAUACCGAUAAUUCACUAUCGUCGUUGCCCCACCCGCGAAUGGCUACCGACUUCAAAUUGUUAUCGAACCGGUAUACAGAGUAUACCAGUUUUAUUCGGUUAAACUCUAACCCAUUUGGUAUGAAAAAUUGUUAUAAUGUAACUUAUAAACCAAAUCAGCCGGCAAUCACUCGUUUUGAUAUUACUUAUCACUGCCUUGCUUAUUGUAUUGUGAUGAUGUUGAAUUUUUUAACAUUUUUUAACUAUAUUAUAAUUUAUUACUAAAGAUAUGUAACAAUGUUUUCGUGUAAUAUUGUUAGAUAAAUAGAUAAUAAAAUACCAGUAUACGCUAUGUAGGUGAACGAUAAAUUGUUUAGCGAAUUGAUAUUUCGUAUUCGCUAUCUUCUUUGUUUAGGGGGGGGAGGGUAUAAGGCCCGCUUAAAGAAUAAGGGCCCGUUUUUUUUAUGGCACACUCUGCGAAAAAUUCCUGCGCACCAGUGGUGUACCGAUAGGAUGGCAUAACGGGCAAUAAGCCACUGACUCAUAACAUUUAGGGGCACCAAAUCGAGGUCCAAAAAAUUAUUUUUCAACGGAUGGACAGGUGAACAAAAAAACAGACGAUAACCAUUGUUUUCCUAAUUAAGUAAUAUAAGACUGUGUAAAUUGGAACCCAACUCGAAUAACGGCACUUGGCCAGGGCUAGCAAUUAUUGAUGGGGAUUGAUGUUUAUUUUUUGCCUGUCAGCCUUCAUUGGAAUCGGAAUCUAUAAAUCUUUUGUUAAUAGCUUUUUUUUUUAAUUUUUUUUUUAUAAUUUCCAACUAAAAUGGUCGUACACUCUCCCAUAUAGCGCCGGCCCUGCAACGGCGCAGGGCCCAUAAUUUGGUUAAAAGGAAGUCUACAACCUUUUUAAUCUUACCUAUAGCUGUAAAAAGAAACAAUGAGGGGUGAAAACACCUAACCUCCUCUCAUUGGCUUCGAUACUGUUUGUCAUCCAGCAAGCAUCUCUCUUCUGUAUACUUACAAUCGUAUAAUAGCGAUAAUCUAAAGAAGAUAUUUGUAAUUGUUUUGCAGGUAACGAGUCAAUAAUUCGGCAGGGGCGACGACAGCGACAUUGGCAAGUCGCAGAAAGAAUUUUUAAAAGUUACGGGCAAGCGGUCGUUUUCUGGAAAUCCAUCAUGCCGGUCGGAGGAAGAGUGGCCGGUAAAGGUGUCGGCGUUUACAAUUCCGGUGGAUCUAGCGACGGUAAAAUAUCCGAUAUUACAUUUUUUUUUUUUUUUUUUUUUUUUUUUUUUUCGAAGGCAUAGAACUAAAAUAUAAUACGAGUGUAAUAUAUUCGUUGUUGAUAAUUAUUACACACACCAAAGCCAAAAUGUACACAUCACAUUCGUGUAAUUUUUUUACAAUAAAUAUGAAUUUAAAAUUGAAAAAGACAGGUAUACUUAGCAUAAAGGGUAGGCCACUGUUGCAGAUGUUGCACUGUCGGGUAGAUAGGAUUUAGAGGGAACGAUAAACCAUUGCUAACGAUUCCGAGCGAAGUUUUUUUUAUACAUAGACAUUAAUUUUCCCGCUUUUCCUAAGUUUUUACCAAUUAUUAUGAUAACCGUUUGAAAAAUCAAAAACAACGACCUCACUAAAGUACCAACUAGAUCAAAUUUCUUUUCAGAAAGGUUCUACACUUGAUACAUAAGAGCAAGCUUUCGAAUAGAAAAGUUGCUCAGAGGAUAAAACAAAGGAAAAAUAGACGUCAUUGCAAAACCAAUAUACCUCGCUGCGCUACGAAUCUAAAAUUAUUAAUGAAUUAUUGUGAAUUUGUGUUUCGUUACUUAUGUAGUCUUAAACAACUGUCCGUUCGGAGAUUACCAACAUAACGUUUAGAUUUAUUAAAGACGACAAAGUUGGCACAUAAUUAUUCGUGACAAACUAGAAGUUUAAAAAUAAUAAUAAUACUUUACAACUCGGUGCAGGCUUUUCGGAUUUAAAGACGCGUGGUGUACCUAUAUUACCUACUUUGUUAUAAUCUCAAAAUGUUAUAACCCUCGCUACUCAAUGAACAUGAAUUAUAAUUCGUAAUAACUUAAAAGUGGCAUGAAAUAUUUGUCCAAAAUAGCUUUUGGCUACCCAUUUAUAAUACGGAAUUUAAUUUAAACGUGAUCAAUCAUUGUUGAAUUGACUAUACGGAGUUCACUACGCACAAAUAUUAGUCAGUAAAGACAAUAUAAUUUACGAAAUAAGUCAGAAAAAUGAAUAUCAAAGUGAGAUGCCUAGAACACAAGGGGUAUAAGUGGCAUUUUAUUGAUUUCGAGAAAAUCAAGUUUAAAGUUAUUUGUAUUUAAUAUAAUUACUUCAGUAGGUAUAUUAUCAUAAUAUCAUCACUUAUAUUCGAAUGACAAAAAAUUGUUUAGCCACUUCGCAGUAAAGAGACAUAAGUGUAUGUACAGCUGUUGUAAACUCUUGUACCUAUUUACUUCUAUGCAAUUUUCAUUCGAAGACUAUUUGAGUAAAAUCUAGUACUUGCUACUAGAUCGCAGAACAUAACGAAUCAUUUUCUUAUACUUCUUUACCACAAAAUAAAAUGGAAUAUUUUUAGUGUUCAGCUCUUAAAUCAGAUUUUUUUUUAAAAAAUGUCAUUUAUACCAUUUGUAUUCUAAGCGCCUGAAUUAAUUUCGAUUGAAUAACAUUGUUUUCAGUACGCCAUAAUUCCAGACAUAUAUUUUCUGUGUUCAAAUUACCAGUUAUUAUUCUAUAAAAUAGCUAUAAUUUCACCCUAAUUAUUAAUUUUUUUUUCUUUUUGGUCCAGAUGAUUAUAAAAAUAUUUAUUCUAGAAGAACAUUUUCAGUGACAGUCAAUCGGUGAACCGCUCUGUGAUGAAAUCGAUAUUCACCAUUGGGUUUUGUUUGUAUACAAAAUAUAAUAACUAACUAGCCGUAUAAAGCCGCCCGACUCCGGCCGAACGGUAUUUUCGUAUGAUUUGUAUAUAUUUACUGUAAUUAAGAAUAUACAGUGUGAUUCGAGGUAACGUGAAAUAUCUCUACGACCUUGGAUUGAAAUGGGGUUUUCGGUAAGCAAACGCGCCCCCAGGAUAAAACCCAACCCGAGGCAAAACGGUUUCAUUCUAGAAAUAUUUUAUAUUGGUAAAAUGGCAUGCCAUUAUUAUGCGUUAUAAAAGUAUAUACAAUUGAAAAUUCCAUUGGGGUAAGGGACAAUGGCCCCUUUUACCCCCUCUUACGGACGUCCUUGUCAGUAAGCGUUAUAGGAAAUGCUGAAAUACAUAAUAUGUCAGGAUAAUAUUUCCGUAAACGGGUCGAAGUGUUUGUCUGUACUUUGUCGAGUGCGGAAUUCUUUCAAUACGUAUCGAAUGUAUUGAACGGUGGAAAAUGUUAAGAAUUUUUUUUUAACGAGUAAUUGUAUUUAUAUAAAAACAAUUUUUUUUUUUUUUCAAAUAAAACGUUCGAAUACAUUUCGCACGGAUCUUGAAAAAGUGUUUUCGGUUUUAACAAAACUGACCAAAUCAGGUCGAUACUGGCCAGCGAUUAAUAUAUAAUAACGGGGUCGUCUGUGUUUUCGCAGGGCACGCGUCCGGCGGAUUCAACGAGGAAGUGAUUUGGAUCAGCAUCGGCAUGAGCAUAGCCAUCGUCAUAUUGAUCACGAUAGCGCUGUGCUACCUGGCGCGGCAGCGGUGCAAGAAGAGACAAGUGAUAACUGUCCACACUUAA